AUGUUAUUUCGUUGUUUAUAUAGGUUUCAUUAUACAUUCCCUCAAAGAAUAAGUCAAACAACCUAUUAUUUACAAAAUAAAUAAUAUUUUGAUUAAUUGGUUGAUCAACCAAUAACAUCUUAAUAAUUUUAAGAAUUAAAACAAUAAUUAAAAAGUAUCAAAGAAAAUGAAGCCAAAAUUGGAAUCAUACAAAUAGCAUUAGAUAAUGGUAUAAUGAAAGAGAAAUUGGGAGAGAUUAGAGAAAUAAUGAAUCAAUAUAAGUAAAUAAUUGAAUCAAAUAAAUCAUCAAAUUAAUUAUAUUAACAUGAUUUAGGAGAUUAUUAUGAAAAAGAAGCAUUAUUAUUAUUGAGAGAAUGUAAAAUGUAGGAAUCAUUUGAUCCUUUUAAAAAGGGAUUAUAAUAGUUUAUUGAUUUAUCACAUGAUAAAAAUUCAUAUAUUAUAAGAAGAAUAGAUUAAAUAUUAGAGAGUAUGAUAAUAGUGAUAGAAGACAUGGGUUCAUUAGAAUAAGCAAGAGAACAUAUUAAAUAGGGAUUAUAAGUAAUUAUAUAUAUAUAUAUAAUUAAUAUUAUAGAUAUUUGAAAAUUUACUUGGAAAAUAGUCAGAAAAAUACAUUUAAUAUUUGAAUAAGUUAGCUAAUACAUACUUACAAGUAGAUAAUUAAUAAGCUAUUAAUUUACAUAAAGAAGCUCUUUAAAUAAUAGGAGACAUGAAUGAAAAUAAUUUUUAAUUAUAUUUAAAAACAGCAAUAGAAUUGAUGAUAACAUAAUUCAAUUAAAAAUUUGAUAAAAAUUUAUAUGAAACAAUUAAUAAAGGAUUAUAAGAAUAUGGUAAUAUAGACAGUGAACUUACUGUGUAUUAUCAUGUAGUUAUGAGUCAUUUAUUUUAUGAAACCAAAGAUUAUUAAAAAUAAGAGUUUCAUCUUUAAGAAGCAUUUAAGGUAUAUUAGAAUGAAAAAUCGAGUUUAUUAAUGAAUAUUAUAGCUUAAAAAUCUUUGAUAUUGAAAAGCGAGUGUAAGAAUGAGUUUUAUAAUGUGUUGAUUACUGAACUUGAUAAGGAAUUUUAAGAUGUUUUAGAAUUACAAUAUUACAAAUGUAAACUAAUGUAUGAAAUAAAUAAAUAGAAAGGCAUAAUUGAAUUCAAAAAGAUUGUACUAAAUUUAAUCAAUUAUCAAUUAGUAAACUAGAUUGUACAAUUAAAAAUUAACUUAAUAUAUUGUUGAUUUCACUUAGUAAUUGGCUAAAGAUGGUUUGAAAAAGGAUGCGAUUCUAAUAAUUGAGGAUUAUCCUGAAUAUGAUCAUUUACUCAAAGCUUGGGAAUAAAAAUGAA